AUGACGGGUCGCGAGUCCAACCGCAUUAAGGAUGCAGAGAAGAAGCGAGUCCUGGACGUCGCCGCCCGACAGCGUCGAGCCCGCAAGGCUUUGGAGGCUCUCGAACAAGACAACUUCCAUGAUGACCCACACGCCGACUUGGUCAUGUCCAAGAAGGUGCCAAAGUUUCAAGAUAACGUUAAGACCGCCAAGGAUAAGAAGAACAAACGCAAAGGUGCCGAGUACUUCCGGGCCAAGUACCGCAAGAACUUCCAGCAGCUGCUCGAGGAGGAUAAGCAGCAGCCCAACUACGAGAGCGCCUCCGCCCCGCCACCACAGAAACCAGUUCGUCACUUUUGCGCCGUGUGCGGAAACUUCUCUCUCUACUCCUGCACAGCUUGUGGAACCCGCUAUUGCCGUGUCAGGUGCCUGAACACUCACCAGGACACACGUUGCCUCAAGUGGACCGCCUAAUCAUGUAACAUUAAGGAAUAAAAAAAUGUCUAGAUUU